UUUUUCAAGAAGUUUAAAACUUUGUUAUAAAGGUGAAAAUAAUAACCUCUUUUUUUUAAAAAAAAGCCUAUAAAAGCUUUAAGAAAAAUAUAACUCUAAUCUAAUCUUCUAACUUAUGACUCAGCGGACAGAUCUGUUUAAUGAUACCGGAUUUCCUUAUGGAAACAAAAUUUCGACAUUCGCCGAUUGGGACUACUCUUUAGGCAACGGCUCAUAUGCUGAAACUACUCCAAUUGACAAUAGCACCCCAACUUUUCUAUCAUUCGAUAACUAUUUGUUCACCGGCCCGACAAAGGUAAGCCAUAUUAACGAUGAUAAUAAUUGCCUUGAUUCCUAUGACAGUUUACAACAUUUGGGUGACUUAGAAGAUGACGGAGAUGUUUUCGACGAUUACCCACAACCACCUUCGUUGGGGGAUAGCCUUUCGCUCUAUAAUUCUUCUAGCUAUUCUACCGGUUACCAACAAUUUUGUGGGAAACCUACUUAUCAGCUCAAUCUACCCAUCGUACACGUCGAUGAUCAUUCCAUAAAAGCCAACAAAGAGAAUGGGUAUUUCAAUGAUACAACAUCCUUCAUUAAACGCUCUGACGAUAUCGAUUCUAGGCUUAAAACGUUAAACAAUAUCAAUAAUGAUAACACCAUGAUCUUCUCAUCAUCAUGCCCUAUCAUAACCAAUCCAUUCUCUCCUUCCUUUACCUCGAAGUCGAAGCAAUUUAAAAUAGAUGACGAUCAGUUUAGACGCCCAAGUUCAUCGUUCGUAGAUGAUUUUUUUAGGAAUCAAGAAGACGCUUCUCUGGUGUCCCAUAAACGCGUUUCGUAUACCCUUAAUUCACCGCGAUUCGCGCUGAACGUGACUAACCAAGUUUUCGAUUUUAACUUCGAUGCUACCGCAUCCCUAACACAUCAACAAUUAUCCAAUAAAUAUUUCGACAAUUCCAAAUUCAGCUCAUCUACCAUAAAGUUGACUCAAAUAGCUGGAACUCCGGAAGGAUUAUCUAAACGUAGUUCUUCAUCUUCUCUCUUACACCGUAAAGCAUCUUUGACUUCUAUUACUAGGUUUCAUGAUCUAUUUAAGUAUAAGAAAUCAGAAUUUAAGCAAUCUUUCAACGAAACAACCAAGAUUUUGAGGCUGACUCGCAAUGAAGCCAACAUUCAUUUGUUAAAUUCUCCUUGUUCUCCUUGCUUUGAUUCCUUCAAUAUUAUUCCUCGUAAACUUAGCAGUAAUUCAGACGACCAAAUUCUUACUACCCGGCAAGCGUUGAAAGAUAUAACAGAGUCUAUAAUAAAAAUUGAGUCUGAUGAACACUGGGUAUCAAAAAAUCUUGGUGGAAAAGUUUAUACCGAUUUUAGUAAUACUAUUAGUAAUAUUAAUACUACCGAUUAUGGUGUAAAACGAAAGCUAGGGAUUAUACCUUUGUCUUUAUUAUCAAACCCUACUUCGGCUGUUUUGGAAGAGGGCCAGAGCUUUGCAUCACUGCCAGCCAAUUCAAAAAUAAAUUUUAAUUAUAUGUGCCCCUUUGAACCUAAUAAUGCAUUUGAGAAUACCUUUAAUGGGGUCUUGAAUAAUAAUUUACCUUACUUCCCUGGCUUUCAAGGUGAUAAAUUAUCCAUCGCAUAUACCAAUAUUAAUAAUGACAUGCUGCCGCAAACAGAUAUCGAUGGCCAUAAUGAGCCAUGGGAAUUAUUAGGAGCGGAAACAAUUGUGUCAUCAUCAUCAAUUAAUAGAGACUUAAAAUACGACGAAAUGCAAUUAAGCACCUCUUCGAUUCAUAUAAAUAAUUUUCAACAAAAUGCAAAUCCUAUCGAAACUAAGCCCGAUUACCUCACCUCUAAUACGUAUAAUAAAACUAUCUACAUCAAGCAAGAUUACAACGAUUCGAACACUUAUCAUACAUCAUUAGACAUGGGAAAUCAGCCAAUCUCACAAGAAGAGGAUGUUGAUUCAUCUUAUUAUUCUUCGUCACCUUUGUCGAGCUUUAAUACCAACUGUUAUGUAAGAGCUCAUAUCGAAAACCCUAUCAAUCCUCAUUUUUUCCAUAAAAUUAAUAUAAUGAAUCCAUUAAACACAGUCGUGAAGACAAGAAAAAAGCGUCGAGUUAAACGCGUAGUCGAAAAUAAUAUUUCAACUCAUACAUCGUUACAAAAAAUGUCAGCCGCAGAAGAUCAUUCUUACACUAUCAAAAGUUUGCGAUUAAGCUUUCCAAGCACGCUCGACCCGGUUGAAAAUAAAGAUAAUACCUCCGGUAUAAAGCAAGAAUGUCAUUUCGUCAAAAAUUGUAGCAAGCAGAGCACUACUUACCAAUCCAUCAUCUGCGUAAAACCUCACGAUGGCCCUUGGGCUUUUCCUUUGGCGCUCAAGUCUGACGCCAAAUUUAGGGCCGCCAUAUUGAUGACCCCUAAAUACAAACCGCGCAGAGUAAAUAAAAAUAACUAUAAUGAUCUGGAAGAGAAACGGAUUCAUUUAUGCCAUUUUUCUGGUUGCUCUAAAGCCUACACCAAAAGUUCUCAUCUCAGGGCUCAUCAAAGAUUGCACACAGGUGAGAAACCUUACAGAUGUCAAUGGCCUAAUUGUUUUUGGACGUUUACUAGAUCUGACGAAUUGACCAGGCACUAUCGCAAACACACCGGUGCGAAACCUUUCAAGUGUUCGGUUUGUUGUAGAUGCUUCGCGCGUUCCGAUCAUUUAGCUCUGCACGCCAAAAAACAUAACUCAAAUCAUUUAAAUAUUAAGAUUUGAAUAAUGUUUAUUAUUAUAUUUUUUUAUCAAAUAAAUAUUAUGUAAGACAA